UUGUCCGAAGUACUGCAGUCGCAAACACGGGAAAUAAGAUGCAGACGUCCCACAGGCCUGUGCAGUGGCUCGCUGUCAUGCUUCUUGUCAUUGUUACAACAGUCCAGGGCCAACAAAGCGACAGUCGCCGAGCUGUGACCGAACACCAGCUGAUGCACGACCGCGGCCGAACCAUCCAGAGUCUCAAGAGACUCUACUGGCUGUCCAGUGCAAUUGAGGGUCUCCACACAGCACAGACCCACUCUGCUACUUUCAGCCCCACAAAGGUCUUAAACCUGGCUCUGAAUCCAGAGCUGAUCCCUGAUGAUGGAAACCCCCAGAAUGCCCAAGUCAGGAGCCUCCUGAGAGACUUCCUUAAUCUGUACCUGUCAAACGGAGACGACUAACAAUGCACAGAAGCAAAACAUGAAGCUGAACAUAUAUAAAAAAAUUAUUGUAUCAAUUGUUUGAAUAAUAAAAUGCACAAAAAGCACAACUACAAAAUUAUCCCG